UUUUUUUUUUUUCUUUUCUUUUCUUUUUAUAUCUUUAUAAAGUCAUCAUGUCUGGAUUCCCUGAAAAUACCUACUUUUAUAUCAAGUCUGCAUCUGGUAGUACUGUUGUUGAUGUUCACCAAGGAAAACUUGAAAAAGGAACUCAUAUUGUUAUUUGGGAACAGAAAACAGGUGAAGAUGCCGAUAACCAACUUUGGACCUAUGAUAAUGGAUUUUUGGUGAAUAAGAAAUCUGGUCUCGUCCUUGAUAUUGAUGGAGGUGACUUGAAAGUGGAAAAGAAGAUUCAACAAUAUGACCGCAAGAUUACUAGAGCUCAUAAUCAAAGAUGGGGUUUCCGUGAUGGAUAUAUCUAUACUCGUGCCGAUCCUCGUAUUGUUUUGGAUGUUAAGGGUGGUAAUGAAGAAGAAGGUACCCGUGUCAUCACUUACAAGCGUAAAUUGGAAGAUUACCAAAAUCAACAAUGGAUCGUUGAACCUGUAUCUUAGUUAAUUCUAUUCUAAUGUUUUAUAUAUCUAUUUGUUUUACUUCUUUUAUAUUAUCCCAUUCAAUAAAACCUUAUUCGAUCCUU